AGCUGUUCAGUGUGUUUUUGUUUUCUAUUAAAAUUAAAGAAGGAAUAAAAAAUAUAUUUGUAAAAUUAUUCGUACUUACAUAUCUUUAAUUAUUGAAUUCUUUAAUCUGUAUUAAUACAAAUUGAAGUUAUUUUUCAAAAAAUAACAAGUUAGAACAAUUUUUAUCAUGGUGAAGGUUUGGAAGUUGGGGUUGAUGAGUUAUGACACCGCUUUAAAGAUUCAACUUGCAAUAGCCCGCAAGCAUCUAGAUGGAAUGAUGAAAGGCCUUCAUACUGACUAUGACACUUUGUUACUGGUAGAACAUAAACCUGUAUACACAGUUGGUAUAAGGGAUGACACACCAAAAAAUGAGAUAAUGAGGUUACAAGACCUCGGAGCAGAUUUCAGAAAAACAAACAGAGGUGGAUUAAUUACAUUUCAUGGUCCUGGUCAGCUUGUUGUGUAUCCGAUUAUUAAUUUAAAACAUUUUAAGACAAGUGUGAAGUGGUAUGUCAAUACUUUAGAAGAAACUGUCAUAAAAAUGUGUGAAGAGUUAGGUAUCAAAGCAAAGAGGUCUCCUCACACUGGGGUGUGGGUAGAUGACAACAAGAUAGCAGCUAUCGGAAUACAUGCCUCUAGAUAUGUUACGACACAUGGCAUUUCUUUGAACUGCGAUAACGACCUCAGCUGGUUUGAUCAUAUUGACCCUUGUGGCAUAGAUGAUAUGGGUGUCACUUCACUCACAAAGGAAACAGGUAUUAAGUGUUCUACUGACAAAAUGAGUCCAAUAUUUUUAAGACAUUUUCAGAAGACAUUUGGUUGUGACAGUGAAGAACUUGAUUCUAAAAUAAAAGAAGAAAUACUAAGCAAUGUUUAUAGUAAAUUAAUGGUACAAAGUGAAUGUUGAUAUAAAUUGAAAAUUAUAAUUGAUUUAAUUUAUUUGAAUAUGUAGAUCUGUUAAAUGUAUAAAAUCUAUACAUGUUGAUUUUAUAAAUUUUGUUGAAAAUAAAACAAAGUAUAAAUUUGU